UUUCAGCUCGAAGGGUUUAUAUACAUACAUACUCUCUCCCCUCCCCUGCAAACUAGAAAAUCCUGCACAAUUCCCAUUCCCAAGAACAAUCACCACCUCUUUAUCCUUCUAAGGGAAGAAAUGUCAACACUGAGAUAAAAAAAUUCAAUAUGCAAACACGUAUUUCUAUGACUUCCUCAUUGCUGACCACCCUUUUACGCUUUUUGCCAAUCUUGUUCUAAAACCACUCGAUUCAUCAAUUGUUGUUCUAUACAGUAAACAGGGAUCCCCCAUCCUUGGUAAUCUUUCUACUGCUCUGUUAUAUGCUCGUUAUUUUGGUGAUUUUGUUGGUUGCUUUGAUUGUUUUUAGAUCCAAGAAACCUCCCGUUUUGAAGAAUGCAUUCAUCUUCGUAACUCUCAUCUGGGUAUAAAUUUAUUUGGGUAGUGUUUCGUGUUUGAUUGAUUAAUCUUGGCAUCAUUAUGGAACUAUUGAAUAAUUUUGUGGGUUAAUUUUUAGAGAUAAGAAUGUUGUGGGUAAUCUGUUAUCUUUACAAGUGAUUGAACAUGUUGGAUCAAUUUUGUCGACAACAAUUUUAAUGUUUGUGCAAUAUAUGAUUUGAUGAUGACAAGAGAUGCCUCAUUGCUCUUGCUUUCUUUGUGCGUUUUAUAAACUGCAGAUUUCUGUGAUUAUAUUGCGGGCCUAGAAAAGAUUCUGUGAUUGGAAUUAUCAAGUACUAACUUUUGAAUUGCCAAGAAUACACAGGUGACCUCGUCUUUUGCAGCAGUAUUUAUCCUGUUUUUAUGUGUGAAGUGAGCAGAUUUAAUGGCUCAAGAUAACUCAAUUGCUGAAUCAACAUCAAGAAAACAACGUCUUUUGAAAGAUCAAAUUCGUUUAGUUAAGAGAAAAGACUCUGCUCGCUUUGAGAUUGUUCAAAUUAAAGAUACACUAUCGUUUGAGAAGGGUUUCUUUGUUGUAAUUCGGGCAUGCCAAUUGUUAGCCCAAAAGAAUGAUGGAAUCAUACUAGUUGGUUUAGCUGGUCCUUCUGGUGCUGGAAAGACUGCAUUCACUGAGAAAAUAGUUAACUUCAUGCCAAGUGUUGCAGUCAUAUCAAUGGACAACUACAAUGAUGGCAGCCGAGUAAUUGAUGGUAACUUCGAUGAUCCUCGCUUGACAGAUUAUGACACGCUGCUACAAAACAUUCGUGAUCUGAAGGAUGGGAAAGCGAUUGAAGUUCCCAUAUAUGAUUUCAAGUCUAGCCUUCGCACAGGUUACAGGACACUUGAAGUCCCAAGCUCCCGUAUUGUGAUAGUUGAGGGCAUCUAUGCUUUGAGUGAAAAAUUGCGUCCCUUACUGGAUCUUCGAGUAUCUGUUACAGGUGGCGUUCAUUUUGAUCUUGUUAAACGGGUUUUAAGGGACAUACAACGUGCUGGUCAGGAACCCGAAGAAAUCAUAUACCAGAUAUCUGAGACGGUUUAUCCCAUGUAUAAGGCAUUCAUAGAACCUGAUCUCCAAACGGCUCAUAUAAGGAUCGUCAACAAGUUUAAUCCCUUCACAGGAUUCCAAAGUCCCACUUAUAUUCUAAAGUCAUCAAGAAAUGUGAGCGUGGAGCAAGUCAAGUCUGCCAUGUCUGAAGAACAUACCGAAGCUUUGGAGCAUAUUUAUGACAUCUUUCUUUUACCGCCUGGAGAAGAUCCAGAAACCUGCCAAUCGUAUUUGAGGAUGAGAAAUAGGGAAGGAAAAUACAACCUAAUGUUUGAGGAAUGGGUGACGGAUCCUCCAUUUAUAAUAUCUCCAAGGAUUAGCUUUGAAGUUAGCGUUCGGCUUCUUGGUGGUCUAAUGGCGUUGGGGUACACAAUAGCAUCCAUCCUGAAAAGAAGUAGCCACGUGUUUCAUGAUGACAGGGUGUGUGUGAAAAUUGACUGGUUGGAACAAGUUAAUCGUCAUUACGUUCAGGUGCUAGGAAGAGACCGGCUAAGUGUAAGAUGCGUUGCUGAGCAGCUGGGAUUGGAAGGCUCGUACAUCCCACGUACAUAUCUUGAACAAAUGAAGCUCGAAAAACUUUUAAAUGAAGUCAUGGUACUACCUGAGGAUUUAAAAACGAAGCUAAGCAUAGACGAAGAAAUGCGUUCGAGUCCUAAAGGUUCUGUUACCCAUGCUACAACGAGAGAUAAGUUUCUCAAAAGUGGAAUGUCACAUUCGUAUUCAACGGCUAGGGAUAAAAAUCUGACUUCCAUAACUGGGUUUACGGUAAAUAACCAAAGGUUUGACGACAGGAGCCCCGAGCCAACAGCCACAUUAGCAAGCCAGGGAGCAAUUAGCCAACUCUCAGAACAGAUUUCGACGUUAAAUGAUCGCAUGGAUGAGUUUACGUCUAGGAUUGAUGAACUGAAUUCCCAGAUCACUAGAGGGAUAAAUUAUGGUAGUCAACAGAAAAUCGACGCCUGCAAUGGAUCUGCAUCGACUUCGUACUUCACAUCUGCUGUUGCAAAUCAUUCGUCAACCGGACCCACAGUCCGCCAUUCAUCGUCUUCGACUCAAUUAGCCAAGGAUUCUGCUUUGAUCGAAGAGAUAUCAGGAAUCGCACGAAGCCAACACAAAAUCAUGCAUCAACUGGACAUUCUCAACACUAAUCUCCGUGAUAAAAUUGGAGAGCGAUCUCGUGAAGAGAAGGAAGUCAAGAAAAGCAAAGGAUUGGAGGUCGAUGCAGUCGUGGCUUCUUUACUAUUAGCGUUGGCUUGUGGAGGUAUCGGGAUCUUCCUGUUUAAGACGGUUUUACCAGGAAAUUGAGUUUUUUUUUCCUCCUAAUUCAUCCGAAUUUUGUAGUUUUUUUUUCAAGAAAUCUUGUUUUCUUUUGACGAAGUAGUUUGAAUGUUGAUGGGUCGAAUUGAUCUACGGUUUCCGAGACCCUAUACGCAAGUUAAAUUCUCGGGUCGUUUUGAGGUGAUUUUGUCAUUGAUGAUUAUUGAUUGUAGGCGAACGCUAAAGUUGAUGACUUGUAGAUCGUUUCUGAUUCAUGA